AUGCUUUUUUUUGUUUACAGUGUGGAUGAGCCUGUAUUUGAAAUGGACUCGGAAGAUAACUACUCGGACAAUUCGUCCAUCCAUUCUGAUGGAUCCUCCAGUUUUGAUGCAAGCGCAGCUUUACUAUUUAUGAACGAGUCGGUUAGUUUAAAUGAACGCCGGCAGGCGAUUCUUGACCUUUCGAUCUCUAAAAUUCAGACGAUGAACGCGUCGAACGUUGGAAUAUCGUUGCGCAAGCCACUUCUUAUCUACAAUAUGAUGAAAUCUCUGCAGCGAGAUCUUGAUGCAUGUGACGUUUUUGUGUGCGACAGUCUGAGAGAGAGAGAAAAUGUGAUAAUCGAUAAUAAUGUGGAAAUGCUGGAAACGAGUGAAUUUGGAGAAGGAAACUGGAAACAACCGAUCUCAGAUUUCAACUGUAAUAUGAGCAGCGACAAUAAUCCAUGUAAUCAGCAUCUGGAUUAUGAUUGGCCAUGGGGUACCCUGGUUAAUACAAGUAAGGAUCCGAUGCAGGGUUCGGAAAAACGUGAUAAUGAUAACUUAUUUACCUUAACGAACAACAACGACUUGUUCAGUGCGGAAAGCAUCUGGAACAAUUCGGAUUCGACAGAUUCAUCUGCAUUCGUCGACGAUUAUUUGGGAAUGUUGUGUGCUUGGGAAGAUGAGAAUUACAACCCGCUCACAAACUGCAAUCUCACGCGAGCGGAAAUAAUGAAUAUGUUUCACUUGCCUUCAUGUCAUCUGAACAAUCAGUUAGUCUCUCAGGCCUAA